AUGCGUUUCAAUACUCUGGUGGGCUUCGGCCUUCUGGCAGUCGAGUCUGCCCUUGCAGUCCCCUGCCCACCGGCAAGCAUCACAACCGCAACCCUCGAUGUGACUACUACCGCGACGCUGAAUGUCACUGAUGCGGCGACGGACACCGUUACAGACACUGUGUUUGAGACCAAUACCGUUAACUCAACGGCCGUGGUGACCUCUACAGAGGUGGAUGUUAUUGCUACGACUAGUACCGCAACUGUCAACGCCACAGAGACUGAGUUUACUACUAUCAACUCAACGGUCGUCUUCACGUCUACAGAGACUGAUGUGGACGUUGCCACCACAACUGCUACUGUCAACUCUACUGCUGUCUUCACCAUUACAGAGACAGAGGAGGUCACCAGCACGGAGACUGACACUGUCAACAACACAGCUGUGUUCACAACCACCGAGGUUGAUGUCGAGACCAGCACCGAGACUGCUACAGUCAACUCCACGGUGCUAUUCACGUCCACAGAGACUGACUUCACCACAGAAGCGGCUACUGCCACAACUGUUGUCUUUGUCACAAACUCAACCACCGUCACUCAGACUUCCACUGUCAAUGCUACAGAGACAGCCUUUGAGACUGACACGGUUCUCACCACUGCUACGGUGAACGCUACCUCAACUGUCAAUGCCACGUCUACAACAGUUGAGACCAACACGGCUUUCGUUACUUCAACUGUUGAUACCACUGCAACUGUAAAUACCACGGCCACGGAUUUCGUCACUUCUACCGUCAACACUACAGCCACUGCUUUCGAGACUGAUACAGCUUUCACUACUGCCACUGUCAACACCACUGCAACUUCAUUCGAGACUGAUACAGUUUUCACAACUGCAACGGCGAAUACUACUGCAACAGAAUUUGUCACUUCAACUGUCAACACCACAGCCACUGCUUUCGAAACUGAUACGGUUCUCACCACUGCUACCGUAAACACUACAGCGACGGAUUUCGUCACUUCUACCGUCAACACUACAGCCACUGCUUUCGAAACAGAUACGGCUUUCACUACCGCAACAGUCAACACGACUGCAACAGACUUUGUCACUUCAACUGUCAACACCACAGCCACUGCCUUCCAGACUGAUACUGUGACCUCGACUGUCAACACUACAGCCACCGCAUUUGAGACUGAUACCGUGACCUCAACUGUCAACAGUACUGCCACAGUUAACAUGACGGCAACAGCAUUCCAGACGGACACUGUUUUCACUACUGCAACUGUCAAUUCUACUGCGACAAGCACAAACACUGUAACAACAACCGAGACUGUCUUUGUAACAGCUACAGUAACCCCCACCGAUGUGACAUCUACAGAGACCAGCACUGCGACUGCGACUGUCGAUGCGACUUCUGUAGUGACUGACACUGUUGACUCAACUUCUACAGUAGUUGUUACUGCCACUGUGACAUCCACUGUUGAUGGCGCCAGCGUGACUCCUUCAUCUGCUCCCGCCGCUUCAGCAGCCCCUGCUUCUUCGGACACAACCAGUGCUUCCGGAGCAGCAACUACUACAACCGUCGUAGCAGCAGGAACUACGAGCGCUACUAGCGAGACUGCUGCUUCGGCGGCGACUUCAUCUCCCGCAGCAGCUUCCUCUGACACUACAUCCGCAGCUGCUGGAGCUGCCACUACCACAACCGUGGUAGCAGCGGGAACUACGAGCGCUACAAGCGAGGAUACUGCUUCGGCCUCAACGUCUUCACCAGCACUGGCCUCUUCUGAUUCUACCUCUGCAGCAGCUACUGAAGCUGCCACUACCACAACCGUGGUAGCAGCAGGUACUACAAGCGCUACUACUGACCCUACUGCUUCUGCCACUGGAGCAGCUACCACAUCAUCUUCAUCUGUUGUCGAUGGUGCCCCCGUCGAUGACACUCCUACGACUUCAUCGGCUAGCCCCGCGGGCACUACGACUGCAACUACUACUGUUGACGCCGCUACCACAACCACAACCGGUGCUUAG